AUGUCCGCUUUUUACGAGGAAGCCAAGUUCUUAAUAUCUGAUGGGGACAAAAUGAGGAUUGAUACGUAUGCUGUAGGUCGUAAAACCAUGCAACAAACCGAAUCCUUCAAGGGUACAAUCUAUGAGAAUGAGAGUCUUCAAAUUAAUGAAUAUCUGAAAACGUAUCAAUUUUUAUUCACCUUGGUGUACGCACUCCCAUUAUCCAACCAUGAUAACUCAUCUCUCAUGCUUAUUGCUGGAUUCUACGCCUUACUAUUCAUGUUCGGAACUUGUGGAAAUGCUGCGAUUCUUGCCGUGGUUCAUCAUGUCAAAGGACAAGACUCGCGUUCGCGUCACAAUACCACCCUGACCUAUAUUUGCAUUCUGAGCAUUGUCGACUUCCUAUCAAUGCUUCCGAUUCCAAUGACCAUUAUUGAUCAGAUCCUCGGCUUCUGGAUGUUCGACACGUUCGCUUGCAAAUUAUUCCGUCUUUUGGAGCAUAUCGGAAAGAUUUUCAGCACUUUCAUCCUCGUGGCAUUUUCUAUCGAUCGCUAUUGCGCAGUUUGCCAUCCGCUACGGCUUGCCGUUCGCAAACAACGCUUCGUGUUCAUUUUCCUCACUGCCAUGUUCGUUCUCACUUGCGUAAUGCUCUUGCCAAUAUUGAUUUUCGCUCAUUCUAAAGAACUUGUCAUGCAUGAAAAGUUCGACUUGGAUCAAGAAGUCAUCACUCGAAUGCAUCUCUACAAGUGCGUGGAUGAUCUUGGACGCGAGUUGUUCAUCAUAUUCACGCUCUAUUCCUUUGUUCUGGCCUACUGCUUACCGCUUCUCUUGAUGAUCUAUUUUUACUACGAGAUGCUGCUCAAGCUCUUCAAGCAGGCAAAAGCGUUGAACAAGACUUUGAAUGGGGGCCGACGAGGGGUUGGAGAGGAGAAGAAGUUGACAAUCCCUGUUGGACAUAUUGCAGUGUACACACUUGCCAUUUGUCUGUUUCAUUUUGCUUGCUGGACUCCAUACUGGAUCUCAAUCUUGUACUCGCUUUACGAGGAGCUCUACCAGGAUGAGAAAACUUCAGCGACACCACCAACCUACGCUUUCAUCUACUUCAUGUACGGAGUACACGCACUGCCAUACAUCAACUCGGCUUCCAACUUUAUUCUUUAUGGACUCUUGAAUCGGCAGCUUCACAACUCACCGGAACGCAAAUAUACUCGUAGUGGUGCUCCAGGUGUCACUCGUCAAGCAUCUCAUGGAUUGACAACAGGUACUCGACCAGAAUACAGCGAGCUUAUAACUAUCCCUACCCACGUCCGACCGGAUUCUCGUGUCUCCGCAAUGGUUGCCGCUAACAACAAUAACAACUCGGAACACUCACCGCUCACCCAAAACCUGUCGGCUUCCGCUCCAAAACGAGUUUGA